AUGAUUCCUGGAAUAUUUCGUGAUAAGAAACCAGUGAAUAAAUCUGAAUGGGAAACGAUCAGAGGUGAAGUUAAAGAAAGACAACUCCAAAUAGAGAAUGAUUUAUUCGCUCAUACCAAACAAGUCAGCAACCUGCUUGCCGAAGAGCUUUCCAAAGUUAAUAAAGUUAAUAAAGAAGAAGUUGCUGAAAUCACCCAAAAAUAUGUCGAUCAAGUUAGACAACAAAUUAAGAAAGACGUGGAGAUACACACUGGAAUUGAUAGUCAGUUUAUUCAUUAUUUCGAUGACAAGCUUGAAAUCAUAAUGGCAUACAAUAAUUCUAUUGCUCAUUUCACUGGACUUAUUGAUCAAAAUCUUGAAACCAUUAGGAAUUUGCAUGAGGCUUGUGACCAGCUCCAUGAGCAGGCUAGCUCGUCGACCGCUUCUUGUUCUGAUUACCCUAAGGAAAUCCAAGAAUCUCUUGAAAAGGUUAUGUUUCACGAUAAAAGCAUUAGGAUUGAGAAUUUCAAAACUGUCUUCACAAUUUAG